AUGGUUUAUAUGCUUUUAAGUAGAAUUAAUGAACGAAAAGCCUCUGGUCUAGAUAACAUCCCUAAUAAGCUUAUUAAGAUAGCGGCUGAAAUAAUCUCACCAUCACUAAUUGAAAUAUUUGCCAGAUCAAUUAGCACUGGCAUAUUUCCAUCUGAGUGGAAAACGGUCAGAGUAUCACCAAUAUUUGAGAAAGGCAAAAAGAACGAUCCGAACAACUAUCGGCAGAUAUCAGUUGUUCCAGCAGUCGCUAAAAUUUUUGAAAAAGUAAUUUUCGAACAAGUUUAUAACUAUCUCAAUACCAACCACUUGUUGACGCAUUGCCAGUCGGGACUUAGCUCGCUACAUAGUACACUUACUGCUCUCCUUAAGGACACUAGUAACUGGUCAGUUAAUACAGACAGCGGCCUUCUCAAUGGAGUAAUAUUUAUCGACCUCAAAAAGGCAUUCGAUACUAUUGACCAUGAUAUAUUGUUGCGGAAGCUUCAGAUUUACGGUGUAGAUCAGUCAAGUCUCAAAUGGUUUCAAUCUUAUCUAUCUGGUCGAUCUCAGAAAUGCAAUGAAAAUGGUUGCUUGUCAUCUUCUGUACCAGUUGCUUAUGGUGUACCACAGGGCAGUAACUUAGAGCCAUUACUUUUCCUC